CCAGAGACACACAGAUAAUUUCUGGUUUCACCAUGUUAAAGGCAUGAACACACAAACGCUAGCAAACACCCUGACAUGGCUUUUGUCAAAGGCUAAAGCAACAACAAAGUGCUCUUCUCACUGGGCUCAAUUGCAUAAUAGAAUGAAUUCCUGAAUCACUUUUCAACUUAAACUAAGGUAGAUUUGAAUCCACACUUGAAAAAAAACAACAUACAUUUUAAAAUGGAGUUACGGUGUCAGUGAUCUAUUAGCCAUAUCACUAUUCUGCAAUCUUCAUUGGCUAUGAGCACCAGGGGCAUUAAAUGUGUAAAUUACUGUCACAGAUGCAAACCUUUACUGUUUGAAUAUAAUGCUCAGUAUAAUGGGACCAUAGGCAUACAGAGAGCCCCCUUUUCUUUGACAGUUGCCCCUCCCUCCACAGGCUCUUUUUCAUAACGUUGUUUGGGCUGUAGCUCUUUGUGGCAGCUCAGUAAUGUAGCUAGGCCGGUAGUUGUGCAUUCCAGUGUGCACAAAACAAAGAGACUCAAUAUUCAGAUCUUUGCUGGUAGAGUGAGCACUGAGCCUGGAAAGAGUGUUCAUCUAACAGCCCAGAUCUCUCAAUCUCUCGUCCAUGUUCUAAAGCUUAAGCCGAAGUCAUGAAGCAUAUGGAGAGAAGCACUGAGGCAGGUGUAUGUUUCCUCUGGAACAUGAAACAGCUUUAAACUGAAACACAAAUGUUACUGUAUUUCUCAUAAUUGGGUCACUUUAUAGCCUUCAGUCAUAAGUGGCACACUUACAUGAACUUGUAUUACCUGUUACACUAAUUUGUAGGGUAAACAGUUUUUUUAUUUUUUUAUUAUUAUUUUAAAAAUGUAAUUCUCAAAAUAUAGUAUUUUUUGUAGUUAAAGGGUUAAGGCCAAAGUAUACUUCGCGCCUCAGCGUUGCGGAUCACUCCGCGCACAGUAGGGCUGAACGAUUAAUUGCAUUUGCGAUAAUAUCGCGAUAUGAUAAAACUAGAUUUUUUAACCGCAAAGGCUGUGAUUACACACUGGUCACAUGACACGCAAGAGUAAACCAGUCUGCAGAGGAAGCAUCAACUUGGCAAGCUAAGCUGUACCUUGACCUGUUGUACAAUGGCUUCAGGCUCGACAGAACCUGACACUGUUGAAACUUUAGUGUCAAAGAAGAACAGUAUGUCAGUUGUGUGGGGCUAUUUUGGCUUUAAAAAAGAAGAUGCUGCGCAGCAUCAGGUAUUGUGCAAAACCUGCCUUGCUAACGUUGCUACCUCACGGGGCAACACUACUAACCUGUAUCAGCACUUAAAAAAACACCACAAAGCCAUGUACAAUAGUUGCAUGGCUAAAAAGCCGAACACCAGUGUGUCAAGUAAGCCAAAUACCACCCGGCAGGGAUCACUGACCGAAAUGUUUUUAAGCUUAACUCCAUAUGAACGUACUUCAAAACAGCACGUGGAAAUUACUCAAGCAGUAACAGAGUUCAUCACGAAAGAUAUGAUGCCCCUCAGUACGGUGACCAAGCCUGGGUUCACGGCUUUGAUAAAUACACUGGAUACACGGUACAACAUGCCCUCCCGCACAUAUUUUAGCCAGGUCGCCAUACCGGAGCUACACAGAAAAUACAAACAGAGAGUCGCAGCGGAGCUGAAAACAAAGGAGUUUUUCGCUGCUACAACUGACAUGUGGUCAAGCCGUACAGCGGAUCCCUAUCAGAGUCUUACGGUGCAUUUCAUUACUGAAGACUUUGACCUCAAAGCUUGCUGCCUUAAAACUGCCUACUUCCCAGAUGACCACACAGGGGAAAAUAUUGCAGCCGGCCUGAGAGAGGGGCUUGUCAGCUGGGAUCUCCACAAAGAAAACCUUGUCUGCAUUACGAUGGACAACGCAUCAAAUAUGGUCAAGGCAGCACAACUUAAUAAAUGGACCAGGCUCCAGUGUUUCGGCCACAGAUUGCAUCUUGCCAUUGAAAAUGCAAUCAAAGAUGACAGAGUGUCAAGAGCAAUAGGGCUGUGCAAGAAGCUGGUGGGGCACUCCUCCCACAGUUGAAAGAAGGCGGUAGCAAUGUCUGAGGCACAGAGGUAGCUCAAAUUUCCUGAGCACACCCUCAUAACUGAGUGCUCAAUAAGAUGGGGAUCCAAAGAAAAUACGAUUGCCAGAGUGCUGGAACAGGCCAAAGACAUAUCCCAUGUAUUGUCAGGUGACCGAUAUGCACGUCCCAACCUGGCAGGAUAUUGAAGUGUUGGAGUCUAUUCACAAGGCACUGCAUCCUCUCCUGGAAUUUACAGAUGCUCUUUCUGGAGAGGAGUAUGUGAGCAUCUCCUACCACAAUCCAGUUCUCCACCUUCUGGCCACAUCAGCCCUGGCUGAAGAUGCUGAGGACACUGACCUGACUAGGUCGAUUAAAACCAAGGUCCUGGCAUACCUCAAUGACAAAUAUAGUGACCCCAACACCCAGGAGCUUUUGGAUGUUGCGACAUUCAUGGACCCUAGGUUCAAAAUGCAGUACAACAGCGCAGACACCAUCCCUGCCAUUAAGACCCGACUGAAGACGGAAAUGCUAGAAUCAGCAAGACGUACAUAUAACCAGGUUGAAAAUAAUUAUGUCCUUGAAUAUGAUACUUCCACAAACACAUACAUAUUUAUAUGUAAUUCAGCUGCAAAACUAUUGUGAUUUCUUUUUUUUUUCUUCUGGCAGGAGAAGAGAUCUCGUACUUAAACUGUUCAGAAGUCUCAAAAUGCUCAGCCCUCCGGGGAAAAGGCAAAGAAGUCUCUUGGCAGCCUUUUCAAAACCAGUGUGGCCUCUUCUGCUUUGCCUGUGCAACUUGAUGUCGCAGAGGCAAAGUUAAACAGUUACCUGUUGACCCCUGUCAUUGACGGAGAGGAUGAUCCCUUGCCCUGGUUUAAGGUGCACAAGAUCAACUUUCCACAACUGUGCAAGAUAGCCUGCAAGUAUCUUUGUGUACCAGCCACAAGUGCCCCCUCAGAGUGCCUGUUUAGCACCGGAGGGAAUAUAGUGACUUGCACUCGCUCGUCCUUAAAACCAGCGAAAGUGGAUAUGCUGGUUUUCCUAGCAAAAAACCUGUGAGCUACUGAGAACCAUUCAGUAGGAUCAUUAUGGCUGGCAGUGCCAUACUCAGUGUGCACUUUAGUCUGUGUGGUGUGUUGCUGUUAAUGACUGGAGAUAAUUUAGGUUAAUAUUUAUAUUAAUGUUCAGACAGUGUUUCUUUUUCUUUUAAGAUUUAAUUAAAAAGUACAAUUCACAUGUUUAUAUUACAUUUAACUUUGAUUUACCUAAAUAUUUUCAAAGAGGUACAGGCAGAUAUUUGUUCUCCUUUAUUUUUGUGCUCUUUAUAUAUGUUAUGUUACUGGGUAUGUUAUGUUAUUUAUUUAGAUCAGUAAGAUAUAAAUAAAUAAAUGUAGUUUAUUUAUUUAAAGACCAUCUAGUAAAGUUCACAGACAGUGUUUAAAAAGUGCAAUCCACAUGUUUACAUGUAUGUUUAUUACAGUGACUUUGAAUUAUCUGAAUAAUACUGAGUGUGGUAAAGCCACAGAUUUGUUUUUAUAUUUCUGCAAACUUUAGUUUGUGUGAUUUGUUACUGACCUUCAUAUAAAUGUUUACACCAGGCUUAUUUGUCAGUGCUUUAUGUUGUUACGAUAAUUAUUACAUGUUUACAAGGCUGGAAGUUCAACAAAUCAGUCAAUAUACUACUGUGAUUUACAUAUUUUUAUUUAACUACAUUCAUAUCAAUUCAUGCAUCACCUAAUUUCAUGAUAACAUAUAGGCCUGGCCUACAGGAAAGAACAGUUUAUGUUUAAUCUAUCUAAUAUUGUGUUGUUCAUACUAUACAAUGAUUUAUUGCUUGUCUUUGUUGAAUAAUACAGAUGAUAAAGAGCUUUAAAAAUAAUCGCAUAUUAAAUCGCAAUAUUGGUAAAAAAAUCACAAUUAGAUUAUUUUCCAAAAUCGUUCAGCACUAGCGCACAGUAUGCGUGGCGUAAAUUUCAUUAUAAUCCAGUCUGCGUGGUGUAACUGCGCACUGACCAGAUUUUCUCAGCUCGUGGACGCGGUCAUCGUCCGCGCAGGCCAUUGACUGUACUAACAGAGUAUCACGAAGUUGUAGUGGGCAUGCGUCAAACACGUUUGUAUUCGCUCACUGUCAGAAGAGUAUACUCAAAGGCAACGCAGUUGACCAGGUGCGAGCCGAUCUAGAACAUGCAAAAACAUGUACCUUGGCCUUUUAGUUCAACGAAAAAUCAAAACUCUCAUCAUUUACUCACCCUCAUGCCAGUCUUGGUGUGUAUGACUUUCUUUCUUCAGCAGAACACAUUUUAAGAAAAAUAUCUCGGCACAGUAGGUCCUUAAAAUGCAAUUGGAUGGUGAUCCAACAUUUGAAGCUCAAAAAAGAACAGACAGUCAGCAUAAACAUC